GAGAAAGUUAUCGGUAACAUUCCCCCGGAAAUAGUCACAGCUGCGAUGAGAGAGCUGGCUGCGAUAGCAUAAACUGACUAGAGUUUGAAACUUUGAGUGCCGACCGGACGCCACCGCCAUGGAAGUUGGUCAUGCCUCUCUGAUUCACUUACCGUCCACCGGAGUUUCAAUCUUCUGCCUCACCAUCCUCCUCCUUUUAAGCUGUUCCGCAGGAAAACAGUGCGGAAAUUGCGGCUCGACCGCCGUUGCCUACCCCCUCAGCACAUCACCAGGAUGCGGCGAUCCCAAGUACCCGGUCUUCUGCAACACAUCCGCUGGUGCUCUGUUCUUGAAAAGCAUAAACGGGACAGAAUAUCCCAUUUCAAGCAUCGAUCCCCAGUCGCAGACAUUCAUCAUUCAACCGGCAAGACUGAUCGGAAAUUCGUGCCGAACGACCGAUUUCGUCUACGAGGGCGUUAAGCUGAACCAUAGUCUGCCGUUCAAUUUCACAACGGGUAACACGGUCUUCAUGCUGAAUUGCUCCGCUCAGUUUAUGAGAAGAGAAAUAUACGACUGCUCCACUCAGAGCUCCAACGGAAGCAGUUGCUGGACCUAUCUGAACCAGGCGCCGCCGGAGAUGGCAAGCUGCCGGAGUUGGAACAUUUGCUGCACCGCCAGAGUGGGAGGCACCGUAUUAUCAUACAAUAUAAUCGCCAGGAGUUGUACGGCAUACAGGAGCUUCGUGAACCUGGACGAUAAGUUGCCUGUACAAGAGUGGCAGGAAGGAGUGCAGGUGCAAUGGGCAUCCCCGCCUGAAUUAGAGUGCCAGAACCAGACGGACUGCUCGGAGGCGGUGCCCAACUCAACAUGCUUGAAGGAUCAGAGCGCAGGCAAUGGAACAAGGCGCUGUAAAUGCAACGGUGGUCUACAGUGGGAUCCGAAGACUGGGACGUGCAUAAAGGUCACCAUAGUGUGUCGGAAAGGGUGGAGAUGUCAUAAAGCAGGGUAUAUCGCUCUUGUAACAGGCUUAACAACUACAAUAGCGCUUUCCUUGGUGUUCAUCGCCUUCCGGUUACAUACAAGGAAAAAGUUAGCCAAGGAAGCACUUGAGAUGCUAAGAAAAGAGAGAGAACAGAUUCUGUCAGCCAACAGCGGUGGGAGAUCUUCCAAGCUCUUCAGUGGAAGAGAAAUGAAGAAGGCCACAAACUCUUUCUCUAAGGAUCGGCUUCUCGGCCAAGGCGGUUUUGGAGAAGUCUACAAGGGCUUUCUUGAAGAUGGCACCCCAAUUGCUGUCAAGAUCGCCAAGGUUGAUAGCACUAAGGGCACCGACCAGGUAUUGAAUGAAGUGAGCAUCCUAUCACAGGUGAACCACAGAAGCCUUGUCCGCCUGCUAGGCUGCUGUGUUGAGCUAGAACAGCCGGUCAUGGUCUAUGAGUUUAUCUCCAAUGGAAAUCUUUAUGAACACAUCCACACUGAUAGAUAUGGCUUCCUCAGUUGGCGCCAAAGACUGUCCAUUGCUCAUCAAACUGCAGAGGGCCUUGCCUACCUUCAUUCCUCAGCAAUGCCUCCGAUCUAUCACCGCGACGUCAAAUCAAGCAACAUUCUUCUCGAUGAUAAAUGCAAUGCCAAGGUCUCGGAUUUCGGGCUAUCUAGGCUGAUCGAGCCCGAGCAGACACAUGUAUCGACAUGUGUACAAGGUACAAUUGGGUACUUAGAUCCUGAGUACUAUAGAAACUACCAGCUGACAGACAAGAGUGAUGUGUAUAGCUUUGGUGUGGUUCUGCUUGAGCUCUUGACAUCCAAGAACGUCAUAGACUAUCACAGAGAUCCAAAGGAAGUAAACUUAUUUGUGUACGUUCAACACAGAGUGGAUGAAGGGAAGUUCUUGGAAGUAGUGGAUGAGAAGUUAAAAUGGGGAUCUUCAUCAAGCAGUUUGGAGACGAUGAAGGCGUUUCUGUCUCUGGCAAUGGGUUGCCUUGAGGAGAGAAAGCAAGACAGACCAUCGAUGAGGGAAGUAGCAGAGGAGAUUCAGUACAUCAUUAUAAGCGAGCAAAAUGCUACCCUUGCUGCAUCCAUAGAGACAUAAGUCCAAGUAGAAAGAAGUUGUGGAGGAGAGUGAGUAGAUCGUUAGCAGCAAACAUGCUGAUGGUAGCCUUAGAAUUGGGUUUUCAAAGUAGUUCAUGUUUCUGGGUAGUCAUGUUCAUAAUCUUGUUAGCAAUGUGCUUUCAUAUUUUAUUCAAGUGUGACUUGUGGAUUCAGAACGUUGUGUUGGGUUCACUAUGCUCUUCCAUCCCAUAUGGAGAAUGCCAUCUUUGCAAAGAGCAGCUUACCUCUCCUCAUUAAGUUUUGCACAGGCAGAAGCAAUGCCCGUGUAGCGGAGAACCAGGGGUAUCUGAAGAUGCUUGGGCCUGGCAUUGGUUCCAAUCUCGAAUCCGCAUCACAGAAAGGAAGCUUUGUUAGCUUGAUCAAUCUUGUGCUUUGAUUAUUAUUUUGUUUAUACUUUCUUUUUAAUUUGCAGUCGAGAUAUCAAGGGGACAUAACAAGUACGGACCUAAAUUUUGGCUCAAGUAUGUAGAUCCUCGGAUGAGCUUAAUUUGGUGAAGGAAUUGAUUUAAUGUCGAACAAAUUAAAUAUGCAAAGAAAUAUAUGAGUUUAUUCAUUUUAA